CUCCUGUGAAUGCCAAUUGACCAAAAUAAGGAGGAGCCUCACCAACUAAGGAGGCCCAAACAGGACAGCUGUUGUGUACAUUCUCCUGUUCCUGCCAUGGAGGCUUGGAGGAGGAAUGCCCUGCGCUGCGCGCUUCUCGUGCUGCUCCUCGCCGUUUCAAGCGGGGUGGCGAGGGCUCAGGGGGGCGGCGAGUGCUGGAGCACGGACAUGGGGUACGGCAUCUGCGUGAAGCCCGGCGGGUGCAGAGCUGCCUGCCAUGCCCUCGGCAAGAACGACGGCCAGUGCAACGGGGGCUACUUCUGGCCGGUCUGCGAGUGCCUGUCUCCACACUGCCACUAGGAUCGGAUUGGCGUUGCUACUAGGCAGGCAGACGCCUCGUCUCCUCGUCCGUUCGUCCCUCGUCAGUUGAGCACCUUCGCUUGAGCAGCUGCAGACUGCGACGUCGUUGCAAGUUACGGCUUAGCUAUGUGUGCGUUAAAACUUGAAGUAUGGUUUGAGGCAUCCCCGCCCUUUUGGCCCGCAUUGCUGUUUAUUUUAUAAAAUGGCAACACAAGUACGUAUUGGUUUACAUGAUAAAAACUUGAUCUCAA